AUGGUUCGCAUGGUAUCUCGUUCUGGAAGGGAGAUGCAGAGAUACAAUACUAACGGUGGUCGCCAAGUUGUAGGGUGCAUACCAUACAGAUAUAAACAAAACAUUGAUGGCAGUAUGAGCAAUGAAUUGGAAGUACUUCUUGUUACUUCACAAAAGGCUCAUACAUUCAUGUUUCCAAAGGGUGGAUGGGAAGUUGAUGAAUCUAUAGAAGAAGCAGCUUGCAGAGAAUCCCUUGAAGAAGCAGGAGUUGUAGGAAUUGUUGAACAAGAGUUAGGUGAAUGGAGUUUCAUUAGCAAAAGAUAUGGUAUAUACUAUGAAGGUCACAUGUUUCCUUUACUUGUCAAGGAACAACUUGAGAUUUGGCCAGAGAAAAAUAUACGUACAAGAUUAUGGAUGAAUGUUGUUGAAGCAAGAGAUGUUUGUGAGCAUUGGUGGAUGAAGGAAGCAUUAGAUAUACUUGUUCAUAGGCUAACUCUACACCAAAAUAAAAACAUUUAG